AUGUAUGAAGUUGUUCUUUACGUAGCACUGAUCUCGCUGUGCUCAUUGAUUCUCGGCCAGUGCACAUCGAAGAAGGCGGCUCCGUCAGUGGCUCCUAUCAAGAUGGAAAAGCACGCGGAGUCGUUGACGGCGACACCGGUGAGCAAGUCCCCAGCUCCCGUGAGCAAAUCUCUGGCGCUGGAAAAAGAUGAGGAUGUGGAGAAGAAAAAGGAAAAGGGGGAGGAAAAGGAGGAAGAGGAAAAAGGCGAAAAGAAAAAGGAGGAUAAGGAGGAGAAAAAGGAUGAUUCGAAGGAGGACAAGAAGGAUGAAGACCAUGAGAAGAAGAAGACGGCCGAAGAAAAGGAAAAUAAUGAGAAGAAGGACGAGAAUAAAAAUAAGAAUAAAGAUGAGAGGAAAGACGAAAAGAAAGAUGAGAAGAAAGAUGAUGAGAAGGAUGAAAGGAAUGACGAAAAGAAAGAGGAGAAGAAGGAUGAUCAGAAGGACGAUAAGAAGGCCAAAUCUAUGAUUUCCGUGGACGCACCCGAGCUGAUUUUCGAGAGGACUAUCACCAGCCAGAAGAAGCUACUCUUGAAAAACUUGACCGCUAAAAAGGUCAUGUUCAAGAUCAAAUGUUCCAGCGUAAACGUAUAUUUCAUCAAUCCAGUUUUUGGAAAAAUUGAUCCUAUGUCCACUGCCGAGGUCACGAUUACUCACCGUCCGUCAGAGAAACAAGAAGAUAAGCUGGUGAUUGUGCCAGCUAAGAUGAAAGGAAAAGAGAUUGAAAUGGCACAAGCGUUCAAGCAAAUCAAGAAGACGGGAUCCGCGCUGACAGUGAAGCUUGUAUCCUCUUGAUUUUAGUAGUCGAGAUAAUUCAAUGAAGAUCACUUUCGAAAA